AUGCAACAAUUCAUCUCACCCUUUCCCUCGCUCACCCGCCGUCAAAGACAAACGAGCGACACCUCAAGUCCACCAAGUUCAAGAACAACCUCACCACCAUCCUCACCAACCUCAAACCUCCGGCCCUUCCCCCAGGCCCAAACUCAAGCCCUACCAAACCACCUCUUCAACCUCUCCUUCCACCCAAACACCCACCAAAGGAGCGAAACCUACUCAGAAACCGAGCAUAGCCAAAACCAUGACUUCGCCCCCAAUCCCACUGCUGGUACCUCACACCCUCACUGCGGGGUGAGUGUACUUCCCUGCGCGGUCCUACGCGGCCGAUCAUCAAUGAUGGUAGUACGCCGUCGCCCCUCAGCAAUCGACCUAGCCCUCAGCGAGGAACGAUCACGCUGUACCUGUGACUCUAUUGAGAGACAGGGUCUUGAUCUUAUGGAACCCCGACCCGUUGAUAUGGAUCUGCAUGCGCAAGCGCGAUGCCAGCAGGUACAGAUCCAGGCGCUGGCAUCACCACCGCUACCAUCGCUGUCACCAUUUUCCCGGGCUAGUGCCGGUGCCAGUGCCACUGAGCGAAAUUCGAUGCAACACCACUCGUCUCAGCAGCAGCAGUCGCCCCGCUUCGUGAUGGGGGGGCAUUUUUGA